UCCGCUGUUAUGGCGCAGCACGAAUCCGAUCAGAUUUCGUCCGUUGAUCGCUGUGUUUGUUUGUACGAGAUCAACAAUGGGCUGGUUUAUGGUACUGUUGAACAGUUGCGUGAAAUUGAACAGAACGAAUUGGUAGGAUGCUGUGUUAUGUGUUUUUAUCACUAG